CACAACACUCAUACACUUUCUCUCUCUAAAUUCCCCCCAUUUCCAUGGCUUCAACUCGUGAGGGUCACUACAGAGGAGUGAGAAAGCGUCCCUGGGGCCGUUACGCCGCAGAGAUUCGCGACCCAUGGAAGAAAACACGCGUUUGGUUAGGCACUUUCGACACUCCCGAAGAAGCUGCACUCGCUUACGACGGCGCCGCCCGUUCACUCCGCGGCGCUAAAGCCAAAACCAACUUCCCUCCUCCUCCUCCUCCGCCGCCGCCUUCUUCCGUUCCUCUUCCAAUCGACCUCAACCUUCCAUCUGAUCACCGGUGGACUUCGCCCUCCGGACGUAGACUCAUGAUUGGGGAGUUUCUACAAGUAGGUCCGCCGCCGGAACUGAACUUGCCGGUCACCGGCGCCGCGCCGGCGAAGGAAAAUGACGGUGGAGCUGCGGCUAUGUAUUUUGGGAUCGUGAGACGUGGGUUGCCUAUUGACUUGAACGAACCGCCGCCGUUGUGGAUGUGAGGCGGCAGCGGAUAAUUAAUGACUUGGUAAAAUUACUUUUUCAUUUUUGUCAUUCUCUCUAUUUUCAAGCUUUUGGGAGAAAGGUAAUUCCUAUGACUAUGAAGAAUCCUUGAGAUAUUAUUGUUAUUAGGAGGAAACAUCAUUAUGUAAAUACCUUUUUUAUUUUAAUGUUAAUCCUAAUUCUCUA